AUGGACCCCGAGCAGGCGUCGCUGUUCUUCGUGCCCUUCUACGUGUCGCGCUACCUCUUCUCAUUCUUCCACAAUAGUCAGAAGAACAUGCGGCAGUGUAUUGAGAAAAGCUCACGGGCGUGGACGAAAGUCCUGACAGCUGUGCGCACCACCUUCCCCUACUUCAACCGCACCAACGGCCGAGAUCACUUUGGCAUCCUGACACUUGAUCACGGCCGUUGCCACUCGCUGACGUUUGUGGAUCCACGGCUGGUGGGCGAGAUGUUCUUUGUCACGUACAAUGGAGACAAGCUCGUGCGCAGUGACCAUGCCGGCAGCGACCCCAGCAUGCAGCUCCUAUCAUACCAGUACGGCGCACCAGCCGACCCCACCAUCCCCUCCAUCCCAUGCUACAUGGCGGAUCGGGACAUCCCCGUGCCCGUGAUCGUGCGCGCCCAGGUGCCGUUCGUUUCUCCCUUUGCCACGCCGCGCAAGUGGACGGCUAUUUUCCGCUUCGUGGCGUCGCCCCACAAGCAUGUGCUGCUGGACACCCGCAGCAGAAUCAUUCAGACGACCAUGACUUUCCACCAUAUCACAUACUCCCCUCUCUCCCCCCCUCUCCUCCCCCUCUCCUCCCCCUCUCCUCCCCCUCUCCUCCCCCUCUCCUCCCCCUCUCCUCCCCCUCUCCUUCCUCUCCUCCCCCUCUCCUUCCUCUCCUCCCCCUCUCCUUCCUCUCCUCCGCCUCCCCCUCUAACCACUCAUCCGACAGCCAAGGCAGACAUGGCAGCGAUGGGGGACUUGUUUCUAAAGAACGAGAGGACGGCCCAUGACUGGCAGCAGCACACACACUCUCCUCUCCUCCCCCUCUCCUCCCCCUCCCCUCUUUCCUUCGCUCCUCUCCUUCCCAGUCAGCCAAGACGGACAUGGCACCGGGGUGUGACAUGCUUGCAAAGAGCGAGGAGAAUGACUGGGACCAACACACACGCUCUCCUCCGCUCUCCCUCUCCUCUCCACUCCCUCUCCUCUCCACUCCCUCUCCUCUCCACUCCCUCUCCUCUCCACUCCCUCUCCUCUCCACUCCCUCUUCUCUCCACUCCCUCUCCUCUCCACUCCCUCUUCUCUCCACUCCCUCUCCUCUCCACUCCCUCUCCUCUCAUCACCCCCCUCUCUCCAUGCAUCCCAGGCAGCCAUGGCGGACAUGGCACCGGGAUGGGACAUGUUUCCAAAGAGUGA